AUGACCCUAAAUACUCAGCAAGAAGCAAAGACCCCCCUGCGUCGCCGAGCCAGCACUCCACUGCCCCUAUCCGCCCGGGGCCACCAGCCUGGCCUUCUGGGCACAGCACCUUCUACACAGUCCCAGCAUCCCCGACUGGGCCAGUCAGUCUCCCUCAACGCCCCUACCUGGCAAACUUCACCUGCCCCCAACGGCUGGUCCUCUGAAUCCAGCGACUCUGAAAGCUCUUGGGAGGCCCUCUAUCGCGUGGUCCUGCUCGGAGAUCCUGGUGUCGGGAAGACCAGUCUGGCCAGUCUCUUUGCAGGGAAGCAAGAGAGGGACCUCCACGAACAGCUGGGAGAAGAUGUAUACGAGAGGACACUCACAGUGGAUGGAGAGGACACCACGCUGCUGGUCAUGGACACCUGGGAGGCUGAGAAGCUGGAUGAAAGCUGGAGCCAGGAGUCCUGCCUGCAGGUGGGCAGCGCCUACGUCAUCGUGUACUCCAUCGCAGACAGGGGCAGCUUCGAGAGUGCCUCUGAGCUCCGCAUCCAGCUUCGGCGCACACAUCAGGCGGACCAUGUGCCCAUCAUUCUGGUGGGCAACAAGGCAGAUCUGGCACGCUGCCGAGAAGUCUCCGUGGAAGAGGGCCGCGCCUGCGCUGUGGUGUUCGACUGCAAGUUCAUCGAGACGUCAGCCACGCUGCAGCACAACGUAGCAGAGCUCUUCGAAGGCGUGGUGCGCCAACUGCGCUUGCGCCGCCGGGACUGCGCAGCCCGGGAGCCGCCCGCGCCCAGACGAAGGGCGAGCCUGGGGCAGCGUGCUCGACGCUUCCUGGCUCGCUUGACAGCCCGCAGCGCACGUCGCCGGGCUCUCAAGGCCCGCUCCAAGUCCUGCCACAACCUGGCCGUGCUCUGA